AUGGGAAAUAUUUCUCUUUUGGACGAAGCUCAACAAGUGAACAGAGAAAAAACUAUUCUGGAAAAGAAAACUUGUGCAGAAGUUCAAAUGACUACAGAGAUAUUUUUAGAACAAAUUAUUAUACAAAAAAAUUGUUCACAGCACAACGAAUGCAGCGUUUCUCAUAAAAGCUUUGUCAUCAUUGUUAUUGCUGUGGGAAAAGUUAUGUGUUUUAUUUACGGAAAGAAACUCUAA